AAACUUAAGAAGAAUGAAGAUACUUUAAAGUAUAGCAGUGAAGAUAAUUGGACAGGUGAACUGAUCUUCACAAAAUCAUCUGCUGAUACAACAGAACACUCUGGAGUUUUUAAUCAUCUUCUUACACCGAAGACCCCAGAAGAAUGGCUGGCUUCUCUUUUAAAGUUAGAGAACACAGGCCUUCCACAGGUGGACCAUGUACUUCUCAAUAGACUGCUUGACAAUUACAGUAAUGCUGUUGGAUCUCUUCCUGCAGAAGAUCACAGCCACAAUGAGAGUUAUGCCAAAAUCUUGGUCCGUUUUGCAGAACUGAAGGCUAUUCUAGAUCCAGAUGAGGCACGUGACCAGUUCCAAAUUGCAAGAUUAAACUGCAAAAAAUUUGCUUUUGUACAUGCUGCUUUUGCUCAGUUUGAGAGUUCAGAAGGAAAUUUUAAAAAAAGCAAGCAAAUUCUUCAGAGAGGAAAAGACUGUGGAGCUGUUCCAGCUGAAAUGAUUGAGUUGGCCAUGAAGAACCUGCAAUUAAGGAAACCUCAGCUGAUAUCAGAGGAAGAUAAAGAAAAUUUAUCUGUGUCUCUGAACCAACAUAUUGGAGAAAAUGACCCAAGCUGUGCCUUAGGGAAACCAAGGAUAACAAGGAGUGAAAGCUCAGGCGAGCUCUCUGUCAACAUGAGAUUUUUAUUUGGGGAAAAGAUUAGUUCGCCUAAAGAUUGUGAUGAGAUGCAACGAAAACCUUUAGCGAAUGUGCCUAAUAAGACAUGUCAGUUUGGCAGGGUACGUGUACAGCCUGUAACUUCACCAGGUGCUGGAACAGCUAAUCACAGUGUAUUCUCCACUUCAAGUGUUGAAAGGCAACCCCUUAGUUCUAUGCAUGUGCCUGUUCUGCCGCCUAUGCCAAAAUCCAGUGGAUGUGUGAAUGAUAUAGAUGAGGACCUACAGUCUUCCGGAAACAAGUUAAUCUACGUUGCAAGCUCGGCAAAUCAGCAGCAGUUCAAUGAAGACAGUGUAGAGAUGAAGACUGCUUCAUCGGUAAUAAUUAGGACAGACAGCAGCAUCACUGUCAGGAGAGAUGAAGAUGUAGAUAUGGAUGAGACAGAUUCUACUACAGCACCAUACAACCCACAGUUUAAUAAACAAGAACCAUUGCCCCAAAGUGACAACAAAAUGGACGGAAAGCAGCUUGAUCCUCCAAAACCCAGCAAUUCUGAAAUGGAAUGGAAGUGGAAAAUUCCUGAGAAGAUACCAAGUGAUAUUUUUUCAAGGAGAUGGUAAACGAAUGAGUAUGGAUCCCAGUGUUUUUCCAGUUGCCAGAAGGGUAACCCCACCAAUGUCCGUAUCUAAAUGUGAACCUGUUAUAACCUGCAGGACACCUGCCAAACCACAGGAGGAUUAUAUGAAUUGUUUCAGAACUCCUGUUGUGAAAGACCCGCUGAGACCAGUUUCAAUGCUUUCUACUCCUUGUAACAACUUGCCUAAUUAUAAACUCCCACAUACUCCAGCCAAUUUUAUUCUG